CGAGAUAUAUGUGAAUAAAGCAGCAUCUUAAACUAAUGCUGCCGCAUUCGUUUCGUAUCAGUGUGCAGCUCAGAUAACAUAACUCGCUACCGGCAUGGAAUUGUCAAUGCUUGCCUAGUACUAAUACCGCGCCGGUUUUUCGGCUUUGCCCUCACCCAACAUCAUGGGGAAUUCGAUCUCCGCCGAAGCUCCAUGGAAGGGUCACCGAGCAUCUCAAAAACUAUCAAAACCUAAGAUAGGUAAUCCUACCGCAGCUGGCCUGUUGAAUACAAAUGGCGCCUCAAAUCCACCGCGCCAUUCCCCGGCAGCGAGACGUGCCUCGCUUCCCCACGCUCCUAUAUUUUCAGCCCCGCCGAUGCUUCCUGAAAAGGAUCCUAUCGUAUCCGUAAGCGUGCCAGGCGGCGAGAAAGGGCUGGAUUUAGGGCGUCGUAUUUCGAGGAGACUAUUCCGUUCCAACACCUCCAAAGAUGUACCCAGGCAUCACCGGAGAAGUAACAGUGUCGAGGUACCGGAUCUUCCGCAAGAGCGUUGGUCAAAUAGGAUAGAAUCUUUAGGGAAUGGAUUCGAUGAAGGCUAUAACUAUGGCCAGGCUUCUGCCCAAGUGAGCUUGUCUAUGAGCGCGUCACGAACUUCGUUUAAUUAUGAUCAUUUCUCUUACGAGGCUCAACGCUUGUCAAAUCUCGUUAACGAACCGUCUCGCGAAGAUAAUUCGACUGUUUUGGAGAGUCGAAUACACAUUUCCGAAGCGAUGCGGGGGGACCUCAGGGGGCGACGACCCUCAAUUCCUGAGGCACCUCCGUCAAUAACUCAUAAUAAUUCUGACUUGUCUUUAUAUACCCCUAUGCGACGGAGGUCUUUUAUGACUCCUGGCGUUGCUACUCGUGAAAUGCCGAUAGACUCAAACCCUCCAAAAACGAGAUACAGCGUCCCCUCUACUCCAGCGCGUCGAGAGUCUAUAGAGUCAAUGGGUAUUAGUACGAUUAAUGCGCCUCAUCGAUUAACCGAUCCAGAGCCUGUACCCCGUGCACUUACACCAUGUGAGGCGGAAUAUACACAGACAGGCGCUUUUAAGCUUGGCACCCUACGAAUUACAAAUGGCAGUCCAGCAAGGAGCCCGGCAAGGAGUCCUGUUCGAGAUGUUGAUCGUGAUACCAAGUAUGAAGAUACCGUGAGAUUGGCGGUUAAUGGUACAGCAGAAGCUUAUUCUGGGACGGUGCAAACGGCUCCAACCAACCAUAUUCAGACUCAAAGUUCCGAGGUGUCGGUCUCAAAAGUUGAAGUUCAAAUCAAUUCUAAUGUCGAAGGAGCCGCCUCUACAUACUCUAUAUCAUCUCGGAAGCUCCCCGAGCUCCCAGGCGAGCAUCAGGCAAGCCCACCAGUGCUUGAUGAUGAGAAGUUGACUAUCCCAGAUAUACACGUAACUAGCAAGCAUACAGCUAUAGAGGAUAAACUGUUCGACGACGACGACGAUCAGGACGAGUAUUCGUCAGUUGAGGUUCUGGAUGUACGACUUGACGCAAAUGCGAAGUCUACGCCACCUUGCAAGAAGCCAACGGCGGAAGAGAGAAGCUCCAAGGAGAUCAGUAGGUCAGAUAGUGGCAUUGCGAGCCCUGCUUCGGAGUACUCGGCCGCGCCUUUUUUGUCCAAGGCAGAUUCAGGCUACAGCUCAAGUGUCUCAUUACGAUCGUUUUCUUCAAAGCCACAGGCUCCCGAACAAGGCCGCACUGCUGAGGUUAUGAACGAUGCUAGUGUGAAACAAAGCAGGCGCGCUGAAGAAUUAGAGGCUACAAGUCCUACUAUCACGACAGCCAACGUUGACACUUCUAAGUCAUCUGACGAACGAUCCCCUCCACCGGUCCCUAUGAAAGAUCCUCAUUUUGUUGCUCUUGCUAGCCCCAAGACGCCGGGCGAACUAUCACCACAAUUCCAGCAAGCCCCCAGAUCAUUAGGCGCUCCGCAGCCUACUCAGGUGCCAGAAAGAGUCUUGCCACCACGCAAUAUGUGGAAUCAUCCCAGUCGUAACAUGGAAACUUACAAGGCAUCUCUACGUAGUCCACCUACAUCUAGUCCUAGUCGAAGCAUCACCACUGGCUUCCGCAAGCCCGGAAAGCUGCAGAGAUUUUUAAGUGGAAGUCGAGUACCGCUUACUGCCCAUAAUACGCAUCCUGUUGGAUAUGCACGUGUUCCUGCUGUCUCUAGGGAUAUGCAUGCAAGGCUUCAAAUGCACUCGGGGUCAAGGCCAAUUUCGUUCAGGAAAUUAGCUCUAAGGUCUGCAGCUAGCAAAGAGACACUGGGAACAAUUCUAAGUGUUGGAAGUGCAGAGCUCCUCCAGGAUGAAGACCUCUCUCCGAAGAUCUUAGGUGGUCAAAUAAUGGCUCCAGAUCGAAAUCAAGGGACCCCAGUUUCUAUUGAAUCGACGGUUACGGAUAAUUCAUCCAUGUUAUCGAAGAAGUCGGUCCGUCGUAAGCCUGUACCUGCUCGAGGUUAUGGUACAUCUCGUAAGCCGCCUACAAUCACCAAAACAUCCCCGGAAAGUAAGCUCGUUCAAGUCGCAUCACCUAAAACAACCAAUGGAGACCCUAACGAUUCUACUAAUAUCAUUACAUCAAACGACAGAACGAGAUACCCUACAUACAUUCCACGACAGCCUAGCUCAAGUACUGUGGUAGGCCAUAUAGAAGAGGGAUCGAGGAUGAUUAAUAUGAGACGUAGUUAUGAAUUCGCCCAAGGCGAAUCGGACUCUGCAACAUCCCUUGAACUUCCACCACCACCUAUGCCAAGUUCGAGAUUUUCUAAAAGCCCCCCUCCUGUUAGUAUGAGAACUCGGAAUAUGGGUUCUCUACGAGUUCCUUCGCCAGUAAGGUCAAAAUCAACUCCUCCAGAAAACAUAGGCCGGCCAGGGCAACCUCUCUACUCUCGUAGGGGAAGUCGCGAAGGUAAUUUAAGAACCCCCGACAUGAGCGGCACUUUUGCGGCAAAUCAAACUGCACUAUCCAGAAGAUCGAGUCGGGAGAAUUUUCAAAAUUACACUCCCGGCCAAGCUCGUCGUUACGUUGACAAGUCUUCUGCGUUGCCUGCACCAAACGGUGUUAAGCCUAUAAGCUUCAGAUCGGAAGCGGUAGAUCGGGCUCCCAGUUGGGAUAUUCAGGUAGACCAUGGUCCUUCCCUUUCUCGACAAUCAUCAUUCGAUUAUAGCCGCCGAAGUUCACUUGCUAGUCAAUCGAGUCGACGAAGCGUUGCAACUACUGGGCCAGCCCUCUUCCGGCAACCAUACCAUUCGCAACCAGAUUUACCAUUACAUCGCCGGCCUAGUUAUGACGAGUAUAAUAUCGUGCCGCAAGACAGUUGUGCUCGGGAUAACGGCCCUUACCCAUCACUGUCUCGCAACGGGCAGACAUACGUCUCAGAUCCUUGGAGUGGUCGGUCGAUGUCACUACCACGGCAAUGGGAUGAACAUAUACAGCAUCCUACACACGCCCCUCGACACCAUACUAGGCACCAGAGCUUGGAUCAGCAAGGUAACCCCAUGCAUUAUCGGGUUCUUCAUUCCUACAACUCUCCUGCUUAUCGUCACUUGCCCAUCUGGAGAUAAAUUACGUGUCCUGCUACCUUUCCUAAGAGGUGAAUUGCAAAAUCUCCCUUGUACUCUUUGCAUUCUUGCUUAAGACGUCUCGCACAAUUCCAAUUAUUUCCUUGAUAUCCCGCAUUGUCCCGGCGUUUUAUUUUGAGGUAGCAUAAUGGCUACCAUGUGGCACUUCCCCCACUGCAUUCAUUAUUACCAAUCAUUUUCUUUUGUCGAGUGAAAGAGUGCGCUCCUGUGGUUGAUCUGUGGCAUACUACAAGAUCAAGGUGGAUUUUUGAUUCUGGAUGAUAACGGCAACAAUUUACGACACUAGGCAACGGUCAUGGCACAGGUUGGGAGGAAGAGUUUGCUCUAUUUUUCUUCUAUGUUCUAAUAAACGGAAAAUGAUACCACGUAUUUGACGGACGCACAUUCUAUACCCAUUCGGAAACAGGGACGUCAUUUUCUUGUACUCGGGCGCUAUGGCAUCACGGCUUGGCAGGUAUACGAGUAGCUGUUGCUACUUACUGUUGCAGGAACUGUACAUAUAGUAUAGCAACAAGGAAUAAGAGAUACAUAUAUGCGAGAUAAAAUUCUCUGCGCCUUCUGGUCUGUUUAGAACAAAAUAAACGUACCUGUUAAUUAAGGCGUUUGCUAUAACUACCCGUUAUACGUUUUUGUUUUUUCCACCUGCAUAUUUAACUAAUUGAACGGCGUAGGGUUGACUUGUCAAUUAAAAAUACGAUAUGUAUAACUUUAUAUUAA